CUUCCACCUUCCACAUGUAUGUGAUGUGUUACAAGAAAUAACUCCGGCUGCUCCCCUAUUCGAAUCGUACGUCUGUUCCCACGACUGACUGCUCACAUUGACAGUAAAAGAUAAAACGAUUGCUUACGUAAAUUUCGGUAGUCCAGCUUUCCUCAAUUUGCUUGUUUUCACCCACAUCGUAUACUGUUUUACGUACUGUCAUUUAUCACGAUUCAUCACGAAUGGUAUACCAAAACAAUAGUGUUUGAGGACAAGUCAAAGGUAACGUUACGCGUUUAUGUCACCCCUCCAAUGCAUGCAUUUGGUAGAGUCCACGUUGGCGCGAGAUUUGCCACCGUCAAUAGAGAUAGAGCCAUUCCAGAGAUCCAGAUUGACACUGACGCUAGCAGGACGGGUUGUUGGGUAGAGAAUAUGGAGGAAGAAUAUGAAACUGAAAUACUUCAGCUGUGUGAAGAAAUUGCUGUGUUGGAGGUUGAGAAAGAGACCUUUGAGAGAGAUGUAUCCAUGCAGUAUGGGCAAUAUGAUAUAUUGGGUGCUAUUGAGGAGGAUGAUAUAAGAAGGCAAGACAUUUCAAAGUUAAUGGAAAACAUUGAAAAAUUGGAGAAGAACCUUGCCAGACAGACCAGACUUAACGGAAUCACCUUAACAAGGUGCUGUGUGAAGACCAUUGAGAAAAGUAAAAUCAAACUUGUGCAACAACACAGACUCACGGGUCACUGCCACCUCUGUUCUUUCGAAGUUGAAUUUGAGAUCAUUGAGACACAGGAAGAUGACUCUUUAAUGAGAAAAGUGAUGAAUCUCAACAUUGUGGUGGAUGGCAAUGAGUGCAAGGACAUCAGCUCAAUUGUGUCUAGAGUGGAAGAAACCAAAAGCCUUCUUCUGUUCUUCAAAACAUUGAAGAGUUUCUGUGAGAACUGUGAGCACAGACGCAAAACAUUCCAACACUUCAAGGAGAAGUACCCAAAUAUGGUCACUCUUCCAGAGGGUUGCCAGUCUGAGCUUAUGCUGAUCCAGAGUCCAAAACUUAAAGGGUGCUCUAUGUGUAUUUUCUGGGACAUUGAUGUGACAUUGGAAGGAGAAAUUAGACCAAAAAUAGACUUACUGCUGAAAAUGCCUGAAGAAGUUAUGACGAUUGACUACAACAUUGUGGCGAAUGCUCCAGAGUACUUCCAGAACCUUUUGCGCAUUCUAGGAGCUGAAGCGUCUAUUGAAAGUGUUAUAAAAACUGUGUGUGUGACAGAUUGAUAACUGCAGUAAUGGCACCAACCCCAUU